AUGAGUGGACGUGGAAAGGGAGGUAAAGGACUCGGGAAAGGAGGCGCCAAGCGUCACCGUAAAGUUCUCCGUGAUAACAUCCAGGGAAUCACUAAGCCCGCUAUCCGCCGCCUGGCUCGCCGCGGUGGAGUCAAGCGUAUCUCCGGUCUCAUCUACGAGGAGACCCGCGGUGUGCUCAAGGUUUUCCUGGAGAACGUCAUCCGUGAUGCCGUCACCUACACCGAGCACGCUAAGAGGAAGACCGUGACCGCCAUGGAUGUGGUGUACGCUCUCAAGAGGCAGGGCCGCACUCUGUACGGCUUCGGCGGUUAAAUCUACCAGCUUCUUGCUACAAACCAACGGCUCUUUUAAGAGCCACCCACACUUCUUAAAGAGACGAUUCUGAAUUUUAAUAUUUAUUCUCUGCUUCUAAAGACUUGUAUUGUGGUAUAUAUGACUGAAUUUUAUUUUUAACACUAAACACAAUUGAUUGUUGGAGCUAGAAUUAUGUAUUGAUGAAUAUGACUCUAACCCCAUAUUGUGUCUGGAAAUUGUGAUUACUACAUAGUACUAAAACAUUUAUAAUGUAUAAAUCGGGGGAUUGUUAGA